CUUUGUGUAUAAUAUGGUAGAGGGAUCGAGUGUGAAUAGAAUAUCUUGCCAAGAAUACAAAAUCAUUCUCAGGGCUUUGACUCCGCCAGCCACCGGUCUUUGAUUGAAGAAGCUCAAGCCCCGAUCGCUCGCAGUAUACAUCCGCCUAUCUUCACUGGGGAUCAGUGGGGAAUCUCUCGGCAUUGAAAGCCAGAAGUUUGCCCGUGAUAGCCGCGCUGUGUUGCACUCCCUGUCCUUGUUUAUCAAUGAUAAGUUUCAGAAGUUGAGCGUCAGUCUCCUUGGUUGUGCCAGCAGUUUGCCAUUUGCAAUUUUUUACAUUUUGUUGUGAGAGACUUUCAGCAGUAUUUUUCUCUUGUGGAGCAGCUGAUUCCUUUGCACAAAUGAUCGUGGAUGAGUUUGGGAAGGUGAAGUGCUGGGUGGAUGCCAGCGAGCCAGGCACUGGAAACUGGAUGAAGUACGUGCGCAGCGCCCCCAAGCUGGAGAAUCAGAACAUGGUACCAGUGCAGGUGGAUGGAAAGGUUUACUACAAAGCCAUUCAUAACAUAGGUACAGGUGAGGAGCUAUUGGUACUCAAGGAUGCAGCCUUUCCUGAUCAAGAAGGCAACCCAAUACAGAUCAUAGAAGAGAAGCAGUACGAGUGCGACAAGUGUGAAUGUACGUUCAGGUCAAAGGUCGCUUUGCGAAGGCAUCAGAAGUACGCCUGUAACAACGCCAACGCCAUCUUCUCCACCCUUAACCAAGAGUUCAAAGCCAACGCCGCGAUGGAGAGUAGCAAACCAGUGACAGAUGAGAGUUGUGCCAAUUCAAUGUCAGAGUGUUCUGAUGAGAAGCAAGAAGACCUAGAAGGCAGACAGAAUGAAGAGUUUUCCUGCAAUGAAUGCGGUCGAAGCUUCCACUGGAAAUCGGAUCUGAUCAAGCACCAGGCAACCCAUUACGGCGACAGGAUGUAUCCCUGCGAAAACUGUGGAAAGUGCUUCUCGGAUCCCAGCAACCUGCACCGCCACAUUCGCUCGCAGCAUGAGGGCGCCAGGAGCCACCCAUGCCCGGAGUGCGGAAAGACUUUUGCAACGUCCAGUGGUCUGAAGCAACACACGCACAUCCACAGCAGCAUCAAGCCAUUCACCUGCGAGGUGUGCUUGAAGUCCUACACCCAGUUCUCCAACCUGUGUCGGCACAAGCGGAUGCACGCAAACUGCCGCACCCAACUCAAGUGUGCCACGUGUGGUCAGACGUUCUCCACGGUGACCUCACUGAACAAGCACCGCCGCUUUUGCCACAACGCUCAGGUGUUCAACAGCCAGCUCAACACCUCCAUCAACGCCUCUCAUAACAAUCCAAGCUCUGGUGUUCUCUUGCGUGGCAACGCCCCUCUCCUUGGAAUGCCACCCACUAGCGCCCUCUAUCAGGCUGGCCUUGCACAGAUGUGGAAUGCCAAUCUACACCUCUCCCAACAAGCCUUGAUGCAGAAUAACCUUCUCUCCAGCUCAGGCAACACCAAUGGUGUCAUCAGGGGACCCUACCCUCUAAGCUACCCAUCCCUUGCAGCUCACCCUUCACUCUUGGCCGGAAACCUUACCCCAUCUGCUCUUGCUUCGGCUUCAGAGAGUGCCAACAAGAAUGCAAAAGGGAUGUCAACAGAGGAAUGGCUUCAGCACUACACAGUGGGUGCAGGAAGGGACCAGGAGGGGAAGGGUCUAUGUAGAAGGAUCAAGAUGGAGAGGGAAGAUAGUGACGAGAGUGAAGCCUCGGUUAGCACUCCAUGUGGAAGUGAGCUGGACUGCAGCUCAUACAGUGAUAUUGAAAGCGAAGCUGACAUGGAGAUUACCAAGGCAAAGAGAGUAGCUGAAUUUGUCAAGAAAGAAAAUCCAGAUGAGGGGGGAAUAAAGGAAUGUGGAAAUGCAUCACCUGCAGCAAGUGAGUUGCCUUUUAUGAAGAAUGGAAGCAGUGAGCCCAUCAAGGCUAUCGCAUCUAUUGCAGAUAGAUACUUCAGUACCAGUCCUACAGGUCUAGGAUAUGGUCUUCUGAAAAUUGACCCCGUAGCAAGGUUGGGCAACAGUCACUCACCACCAAGUUUCAAGAAGAUAGACUGUCCGGUCAAGAAACUUGAGUCAACCUUUGACCCAUCCAGGAACCUGCUAAAGCCGCACAAGCCUGAGGAAAGGAAGUUGAAUGAUCAACCUUUGGACCUGAGUGUCCCUAGACCAAAGACCAAAUCCUCGGAUCUUCCAGACAAAGAAGAAGGCCACCUGAGGAGACCACACAUCUUUGGUAUCCCUUCAUCGCUCCUUGGCAAGACAGCAGACAUCCCUGUUAGUAUGGCCUUCUCCUACCCAGGAGGACUCCCUAUUACCAUGGACCCCAUGUACAGGGUUCAGAAUGGCCUUGGCCCUCCUCCAGACAAAUACCAGCGGAUGGAGAAUGGAGAGAAGGUUCCUGCUGUCCCGAUUCCUCUACCUCACUUCCCUCCCAUCCCUAAGAUGGAUUUCUAUGCUGCCAAUAAGAAUCUCAUGAAGUUUCGAGGCCUUCCUGCCCACCAGGCGUAUGCUUUGAGCAGCACCAUGAUGUAUUCAGGGUCCACUCCAUCUGACAAGAUGGUCAUCCGCAGCAAGGAUCGCUACACCUGCAAGUACUGUGGCAAACUCUUCCCUCGGUCAGCCAACCUCACCAGGCAUCUACGUACUCACACAGGAGAGCAGCCGUACUCUUGUAAAUACUGUGACCGAUCCUUCAGCAUCUCCUCCAACCUUCAACGCCACGUUCGCAACAUCCAUAACAAGGAAAAACCUUUCAAGUGUCCGCUCUGUGAUCGCUGCUUUGGCCAGCAGACCAACCUUGACCGCCAUCUCAAGAAACACGAGAGUGAAGAUUUCUCAGGAGAUUCUCAGACCCCAGAGAAGGUAAACGGCGAGGACAGACCGCUCCCAUUGAAGAAGAGCGACGAUUGGUCUGAUGAGCUCAGUGAGAAGGAUGAGGCCUACUUUACCGAGAUCAAGAAUUUCAUCGGAGUCGCUGAGAUGAAAGCUAGAAGGGACCUCAUGUUGAGAGAGCAAGAAGAAAAAAUGGCCAUUGACAGGAGCAAAGACGACAUUGAAAAAGAGGAGGGUGCCUUUCUAGAAAGGGAUUCUGAAGAGGGUGGUCUUGAAGAAGAGAAUCAACAACAGGAGAUCAAGCUCAAGUUGAAGCUCCCCUUCCAGAAAUCUUCCGAUCCUUCCAAGGUCAUGAUGGAAACUGACCUUUACCACGACGACGAGGACGACAUCAUCCCUCGAACACCAGACUCUGAGCAAGACAUGCAGUCGGACGAUGCCAUGUCCGUGUCCGAAUACCAAGACGAUGAUGACAAGGACGACGAUGCGUCAUCAACGGCUCGCCCGGACAGCCUAGGAGGAGAUGAGGAGUCUGGGGAUCUUGAUAGGUCACGACUGAAUGGACGACACCCAAAGCUCCAAGCAUACUCCAUCAUGAUGGCUCUAUCAGAGGACGAACGUAAGAAGAGCAUCCUAUCCAAGGGACAGCCGUUGCUCUGCCCUCCUCAACAAACUGCUGCUGUCAUCUAAAGUUUCUAUCUUUGAUGUUGCUCCUGCUUGAAAAUCUUUCCCUUUACCAGGUGAUAUAGACAUUUGCUUGUAUUAGAUUAAAGCUUUUUCCCAAAGUUCAAGGAUUUGGAUUGAGAAAUUAACUCCUGAUUUCUAUAAAUAAACUUUCAACAUUAGUGAAAUGGUAGUUGACUUUUUUUAAAGGUUCGUUAAAGCUUUAGUUUACUAUGAGUAGUAAUAAUAUUUAGAAAACUGAUUUUCUAUUUGAAAAAGCAUAAAUGCCAUCAUUGUUGAUGAAUUUAUGAAGUUAUAUGUAAUUAAUUGAUUGUACUCAAUUACUAUCCUCAUCAAAACCAUUGCCAAUUUGAUUGACAUUGUAUCUUUGUGAUAUUGAAAUUCCCCGACCACAUAGUCUUUGUUUAUAAUUGAAAUAUGUUUGGCUGAAUAGUAACUGAAAUGUUUACUGGGAACAACAAAAUAUUGAAAUAAUGUUUCAAGGCUGAUCUCUUUCCCAAAGGAAUUAUAAAAUAUCUACCAAGGCAGAUAUUGUGGUAUAACAUGCUUAAAAUCGUGUUUGGAGUUUCUCCAUUAUAUCAUAGUUUACACUGGUGUUUGAACCAAAAGCCUUGAAUCAUUAGAACUUAAAACAUUUUCCUCACAUUAACUAUAAUGUUAUAUAUUGCUGUGAGGGCUAUAAUGGGACUCAUAUUGUGUUUGACAAUCAGAUUUCUGUGUAUUCAAAAUGACAAGGAAAUUUUGUAUUCCAUUUAUUCAUUUUCCUAAAAUGGCUUCAUCAGAAUUAUUGUGACUUUUAUUAUAUUUAAUGAAAUUGUAAAUAGGGAAGCGAUGACAAAUUUGCCAUGUUCAAUGUUUUUGCUGUAUAUAUUACUAUUUAUUAGGAAGGAGAACGAACGGUAUUUGCAUAAUGCUUCUGUUUAUUUGUAUGUAAGAAAAAUGUAUCAGUGUGUUGCCAAUUUGACCAUCUCUACUGAUCUUGUUUAAUUGUGCCAAAUGAAUCAAAAGGAAAUGUCACUGACCCUUUCUCGAUCACAUGGAAAUCAGAGAUUUAUUCCAAUGAAUUAAGAGAGAUAAUCUAUUUGCAGAAAACAUAUUAUAGGGAAAUAUAUUGUAGUUCAAUUAUAGCUGAAAUGUGACUAUGUAUUCAAAAAAAGUGCUCUUUGAUACAAGUUUUAAAAAAGUGCCUUUUGACAUAUUUCUUUAUUGCGCAGUAAAUUAUGAUUUUUUGUUGUUGAACUAAUUCUAAAAAAUCUUGCUGCCAGGGAAUAAGGUUUUAAUAAAGCAAACAGAAGAAAAUGUCUAAAUCAACACCUCAUAAUGAUGAGCGUGCAAAAUUACAGAUUGAUAUUAUUCCAUAGGUAAAGUGGUUUACUUGUAAAAUCAUGUAAUUUCAUCAACUCAUGCAUUUUGUUAUGCCAGUGUUUGUCUAACACACCAAGGAAUAAAUGCAUACUUUUCUCAAUAUGUUUUAGCCUAUGCUUUAAGAACAACUAUGAAAUGUCCUUAAACAGAGCUUACAUUAACUGGCUAUCUGAGUCAAUUUGAAAGAUGUUGACUUAAAUUCCUCAUAUUCUCAAGAAUUGUUGAGCUAAGUAUUCUUUGAGAGGGCCAUUAAUUUAAAAGAAACUUUAAAAAAAAAGAGUAUUCUUACUAAGUGAAAAGAAGAUAGAGAGAGGCUUGGAAAACCUGUCGUUCUACUUCUUCACUUUGAAGUGAAACAAUCAACAAAUUUUCAAUCGAACAACAUUUUUAUCUUUCUUGAUAUCUGUGUGAAAUUAAGUAAAGUGUAUUCAGAAAGAGAGGUUUAUUAAUUCUGCAUUUAAUCAAAUUGAAUGGUAUACCAUAAAAAUUUUGAUUGAUAUUAAAUGAUUUUGAUAUUGAAGUUAAUCAAAACAUGGAUCAAACAUUGAGCUGUAAGAUUUAUUUUUCUCCUAAUACAGGACGGUUAAGGAAGAAAGCAGUUGUAACAAGCAUUGAUAUUAAUGGGUAGUUGAAUAUUCUUGCCUCCAUAUUUUUGUUUAUUUGUUUGUUUCCAUAAUGUAACAGUAAGACAAUUUGAAAUGUGUUUCUUUGAGGGCUGUGAGAGGUUGUGCUUGUAUGCCAUAAUGAUGUAAUAUAUUUAAUAUAUGAUAGAAUACAGUGGACAUGUUAUGGAAAAAAUUGAAGAUAUUGUGAAAGAAAUUUCAUUAAAAGAUUAACUUUUCUUGGAAGUGCCCCUCUCAGUUUUAGCAUUAAUGUAUUCUGUGCUAUCUAUUUGCCGUCUGUCCUUUUUUGUGGCAGUUUAUGUUAUGGAUUUUUUGUGCUUGGAGUUAGCUGUAAAUAUUUUGUGUCGACACGAGUACCAGAGAAUUUUAUGCGUCACUUUUUAUAAAACUGAUAUAGUUUUACGACUCAUCAUGUAUAUAAAUUAUGGUCACAACAGGUGAAUUUUUUCUUUCUUUUGGAAGUGGAGUUUCUUACAUUUGUAUAGAACAUUUUGUGCUUGCUUAUACAAGGUCUCUACGUGAUGUGCUUUGUAAUCAAAAAUGUUAUUUUUGUGUGUUCUUCAGAUUGGACAACUCAAGAUUAUGUAGAUGGCUGCGACAUUCCAGUUUUUUGUAGAGUAUUUAUAGGUAGUAUGGUAUACUGCACAAAUGGUCUUGCAUUAUAUUCCUUUGGACUCUAGUUAGUUUUCAUGUUUAGAUCUUAAUGAUAGAAUGGACAUUUCUUCUUUUAGAUAUGUUUUAAUUGAUAUUUGAAUGGUAGUGUAGCUAGCAUUUUGCAGCUCAUUAAAACAAAAAUGUAUCGCAUGUUACAUUUUGAUGAUUCGUUUUACCUAAAGGAUUUGUAAAAUAUUUUUCUUCUUUUUAUGACUAUUCAUGCAUUUUUGUUUAAUUUUAUCAUGUAGUAGGCAAAUUAAUUUGGCAUUGUGUCUUAUGUAUCAUUCCAAUGAAGCAUUUUACAAGUGAGUCUGCCGCUUGAUGAAUAUAUUUAGAAAGAGAGAGAACAAAUAACUAUUCCACUGGCUAUUAAACUCAUUUUCUGCCCUUGAUAGAAGUAUACAUUCAUAUAUGUCGUUGCCUUUGUGUAUAUAUUUAUGUACAUUUUGCCGUAGUACAAAUUCUAAAGAGACAAUCAUUUUAAAGAAAGAGAUGAGACAAAUUGUGAAUAUUUUCCUUGAUUAAUGAUUCAGAUAAUGUGUUAGAGAUGCUUGUGGAGAUUUAAUUGGAUGACAUCAGACAAUGGAUAUUAUGAAGUUAUAUCAUAUGAUAUUUUUGUACAAAAUGUUGUAAUAUGUAGAUGCCAGUGUAGUAAGUAUGGUAUUAUGUCCCAAAUGUCGAGUUGGUAACUAGAAGCUUGAACGCAAAAUAGAGCAUACUUUUCAUAAUAAUAAACUUAUACGUAAGGUUAUAACAAGAAAUGCUGAAAUACAAGAGAUGUAUACAACUCAUAGGAAACCUUGCAAUUUACAGUGUAGUAAUUACUUAUAACACUAUAAUUACGAGUAAUGCUGUUUUAGCAAAAAUCUCUAAAUUCUCAUUUUCUAAUUGGCGAGUGGUUUCAUUUGUAACAAAUACUAGGACUCUGCUUUUGAAUUCAAUGUGCGUAACUUGUAUGUUUGAACAAAUAACUCUGCUCUUAACUAAUCACCCAUGAUUGCUCUAUUUACCCUAUUGUGCCAUCGUAAUUAUCUCAUCGAAUUAUGGGAAGUUUUUGCAGCUCCUUCUCUUGUGUAGUUAAAUCUUUAUAACCGUGUUGAUGAAGAACCGUUCAAUCGUUCAAAUAAAGCCAGUAUGGCUUGGAGUAAGUGAUACACCACUGAUGUUGAUCAAUGUAGAAAUAGAAUACACCCACCGUUGUUGUUUGUCAUCAGCUAGAGGAUUACUGCUGACUAAUAUCAUAUUAAUAAAAGAGAGGAAAAAAAUCAUACUUCA